AUGAAAAUGUCGCCGUUUGUUGUUUUCACAAUUUGCUUCAUGUUUCUACCGUGUAAUGGAAAAGUAAAAUUUCCGAAAAACAUGGCUACGGAUCACCAGUUCCCACCGACGAUAAGCCGCUCAGUUGGAGGUAUCCCAAUAGGACAUCUCCGACCACUAGGUUACCAGCGAAAUCCAUCUGGAAAAGUGAUGAAUACCUUAGAGAUGCCCCAUGCCCAUGCUUUCAACAUCAAACACAUCAAGGCUAACAAACCGGUGGCCAUACGGGAAGCAAUGAAAAAUUUACAAGUUUUAAAGGACUGGGAGAAGGAUGAAUAUUUAGACAACACCUUUGGAAAAUUGAAUGUCACAGUGACAGUAAAGAAAGAGAGGCGAGCACACGAAUAUACCUGGAUGACAAUGGACAAAUUCCUGUUGGAUUACCUACACGAAGAUUGGUACCUGUCCACUAUACUUCCGCCGGAAAUGGCCAAGGAAUUUCCAGUCCCUGGCUGUUUGAGAUGCGGAACUUACCGGAAGAGGUUACAGGAAGCGGAACUGUGGAUGAGUUCCGGUGGAACAGCUUCAAUGCUUCAUAGUCAUGAAGAUCACACUCUUCAUUGCGUCUUAUUUGGUCGGAAAGACGUUAUUAUUAUAGAAGGCGAGCAUCGUAAAGUCUUUAAUUACCAGGAAAAGUAUCACAAUGCUGGCGCAGGAUAUUCGCCUCUGGACAUGGAUUUCAUCAAUAUGUUUCAGAACUCUAAGAUAUCAAAGACUCCAUGGACUUACACUACUUUGACGCCGGGAGAUUGUCUAUUUCUACCUGCAGGAUACAUGCACCAGGUAAGGUCAUAUGGCAGAGGAAUUUCCUACACUGUCCUGUUUGCCCCGUCGCUCGAGUUCGAUUCCUCCGACUGCCGUGUACCUGUCGAGAAAAAGAACGACAAACCCAGUAUUCCUUCUCUGGCUGACGUUGACUUCGUCUGGACCUCUCGAAAUGGCGAGCGAGUGUUGAAUGUUGGUAAAAUGACCCCAAAUGUGUUAAUGCACGUACUAGAUAUGCUGAUACGGGACAAGGCAAAAUUAUACAUCGAACAGUUUGAUCAUUUCUACUCGGACGCACUGCAAAAGGCGUACAAGUAUCCAUCUGCACAGGAAGCUUUCAAUAUCCUAACUGAAAAUCCAGAUGAAAAUUUCUUAACGAGGACGACAAUACGGAACCUGAAACUGGAACAGUUACAAAGAUUUUGUAGGCUGUACAAUGAUGCUUUUCUGGAGCCGACUAUAAACAAGGAGGAAUUGUAG